AUGGCCAAGUUUUCGUUUGGUGCAAUUGAACUACAUAUACACGUCGUUCCAGGCUCGUCCCACCUCAAUACAGAGAGGUAUGGGAAAAGUGAGGAAGGAAGGAAGGAAGGAAGAAAGAAAGCACUAUUCAAUGAUGCUUCAGCUUUCAGCGACGUUGGAACUGCAGGCUUUUUUUUACACACUGCAGUUAACUCAACAUUGCCAUAA